AAAGCGUCGUGCAGGACAUCGUGCCGUAGAAAAACAUCAGAAGCUCCAGGGAGAUACAUUCUCGACUGCUCUACUUAUGCCGACGGUCAUUAGAAAUUUCGGUCCCGCGUGACUCCCCAGCUCUUCUCUUUAUUCACAUUCUGCGCGUAAUAAUCGGUAAUAAAAGCGCUGUGUGGUGGUAUAUCUGACAUCGUAUACAUCCAUCAAAUUCCCCUCCCACUCAGCACUGGCACCGAUCCCUUGAAUAUGACCCUAGUCUCAGACGAUUCCAAUUUGUGGCCACUAAUCGAUUUCAAUCGUGUUUAUAGCUAUUUUUCAGUUGCAGCCUUUAUUGUGGUGGUAUACGACUGGGCCUUGGCAUUGGGACAAGAGUUUGACUUAGUCUGGAGGCAACGUUGGUCCCUCAUGACCAUUUUAUACCUCAGCGUGCGCUACGUUGGAAUACUAUACUCUGCCAUCGCCAUAUUGCGUAUGCCUCCUUACAUCCGUACAUUCAUUUAUUCUGACCGGCGGCAUGCAGCAACUCUUCCAUCAGUCUCAGUGACAAAUACAGUAGGCACCAUCCUUUGCAUCGCACAAUGGUGGAUGUCUGCUGUCGUAAAUGCAAUGAUAGGCGUCAUUAUAAUCACUCGGUUGCAUGCCAUGUAUCAGCGAUCGAGAAAGAUGCUCAUCUUUCUCGUUGUAAUCUUCUUGGCUAAAACCAUCACCUGCGGAGUAAUCAGUGCGAUGAACAGCAGCCGUAUUUCAGGGGAGGAGCUCGUCCUCUCUGGCAUCCAUAUGUGCAAUUACAACGAAGACAACGAAUUCCUGAGCGCCGAAAAUUUGUUAGUAGUCGCUGCAUGGGAGGUCCUCACACUGUGUCUUGCAGUCUGGAUUGCUGUCAAACACUUCCGGGAACUGCAACGCCCAUGGACAGGCUCGACCAUCGGGGACUGUUUUACGGUGUUAAUAAAAACACAUAUUUUUUACUUUGCAGCCUUUACUGUCGUUUCGUGCUUCAUCUUUGGUUUGCUGUCCCACGGCAUCUUGAAGCCAACUUCCGUGGGCGCUGAGAUGUAUCUUGGCGUUCUUCGUAUCUUCUCUUUCGUGCAGCUGUUUGUGCUGGGUCCACGCCUUAUCAUCGGCGUUCGAGAAUAUCAUGCUACGUUCAUGGCAAACUUCGAUGCUGGAACCGGGAUGGCUACAAUCGCUUUCUAGGAGCGCACAUACAUGUUGAGUGGUGGUGGUGUGUGGCACAUGAAAUGCUGGAAGUGAUCAACACUUUUCGGGUGCUCUGCAGGACUUCGUUGGAACUUUAGAUUAGCUGUGGUAUGUUCCGAAAUGGGUGUCAAAGAGAGAAAUAGGUCUGGGCAAGCUAGUAAUAUAAUAUUGUAUAAUGCAUUACUAGUGUAACUAACUGCUGAGUCACAUCGGGCGAGUGGUUCAGCGGCGAUAAGAUCAAUUCGUUUGCAAGGACUUUUCCACCCCUUGAUCUACAAAGACGAUCGAUGAUGAAAGUCAAUUGUGCGCAUUUCUACCAAAA